GCGUCCGCCAUUUCAGUCCGCGACUCCGUGGCGUGUUGUUGUUAGCGUGUGUUCAGCUCGACGCUCAAGCUGGCAGGAGAGAUGGGGCAGAGACUGCAGACCGUGGCUGCUAUGGCCUGCAUGAAGUCCUUGCUAAUGCUCUUCAACUUCGUGUUCUGGAUGACGGGCGUGGUGGUGCUGGGGAUCGGCAUCUGGAUGCAGGUAGAGCUGUACAAGUACAUGGAGCUGUCGGCGGACUUCUCCAGCACAGCGCCCUACGUGCUGCUGGGCACGGGCGCGCUCAUCGUGCUGGUGGGCUCGCUGGCCUGCUGCUGCACCGUCAAGGGACAGCCCGCGCUGCUCUACUCGUACGGCGCCUUCCUGUUCCUGGUGUUCGUGCUGGAGCUGAGCGCAGGGGUGUCCACGUACGCGUACCGCGGCAAGCUGCAGGCGGGCUUCGACCGCGGCCUCAACCAGACCAUCGCCGCCUACGACCCGGCCACCGCCAAGGGCAUGGACUUCAACUUCAUGCAGAAGACGCUCCACUGCUGCGGGAACCACGCCUACACGGACUGGCGGAGCUCACCCCUGGGCAAGGUGCCGCCAUCUUGCUGCCAGAACGACACCAGCUGCGACACGUCCAACCCCCAGGAGAUCUACUCCAGGGGCUGCUACGACGUGGUGGUGGACUUCCUGAACGGCAACAUCGGGCUGGUGGCCGGCUCGGCGCUGGGGUUCGCCUUCUUCCCGCUGCUGGGGCUGGCGCUGUCGUGCUGCCUCGCCAAGAACAUCAACAAGGCCAAGUACGAGCAGAUGGCCUGAGGGCGGGCCCGCCCGGUGUCUGCGCCGCCCGAGGACCUGUAUUGCAGCCCGCCGCGCCCCGACUAGCCCUCCACUCUCUCCACUCUCUCCACUCCUUUUUGUUUGUAGCUGACACCGUGAUCCAUUAUACAGUCAUUCAUUUCAGUUCCUCCAUUGACCACAACCUUUGAAUGUAUACAGGGGUGUAGCCAGGGGGGGGAGGUUGUUUAGGGGUUCAAACCCCAACCCCUCCCCCCCCCCUUAGCACCAAAUCUUUAAUUUCUUAUUCAUCACUCAAACAAAUUUCAUAUAGUGAUUAAUAAAAUUUUUACCAUUACAAUAUUUAAAUUUAACUACCGAAAACUGCUAAAAUAGCACUAUUUUACACCUUAAAAACCAAAUUUUCUUGGGGGAGGACCCCUGGACCCCCCCCCCCCCC